CUGAAACAGGACGGAGGAGCGUAAGGGACAUGAAUCACAUUUCGCUUUAUCUGAUUGGACGGUCUUGACGAAAAGGGCGGUUCUUCUGCAGAUUCACUGGGAAGUGAAGUCUCAAUGUCAAAGAAGCUUGUAAUCAGCUGUUUCAGACUAUUCAUCUCAACAUCCAGAUAAAAACAUCAGCGACGGAGAAAAACAGUCGUCUGCCACCAAACCCUAUGAAGAUUGAAGGCUUUUACGGAUAGGAACUCAAGGGCAGCGUCAAACGGUUUUCAGGUAGCGAGCUAAAGGAAAUAUGAACUCCCUACCAGGCAGGAGUGUGUCGCUGUGCAGACACAUGACAGCGGGCGCUAUGAGGGUCCUCGCGGGCACAACGGGCCAUCCUGAUACUGUGGCCCGUGCGACCUGCCUCGAGGCUGUCAGAGUGUGCCACUCGGACUCGAGCCGCAAGGGCAGCGUCAGCACCAAGAAGCGUGGCUAUGACAUCACCAGAAACCCCCACCUGAACAAGGGCAUGGCCUUCACCCUACAGGAGCGUCUGCAGCUGGGCAUCCACGGCCUGCUGCCCCCCGUCUACCUCUCCCAGGACGUCCAGGUGCUCCGUAUCAUGAAGAGCUACGAGGGCCGCAACCCCCUCGACAAGUACAUCUUGCUGAUGACUCUGCAGGACAGGAAUGAGAAGUUGUUUUACCGCCUGCUGACAUCUGAUGUAGAGGAGUUCAUGCCCAUUGUCUAUACCCCCACUGUAGGGCUGGCCUGCCAACAGUACGGACUGGCCUUCAGGAGACCACGAGGUCUCUUCAUCACCAUCCAUGAUAAAGGCCACAUCGCCACCAUGCUCAACUCCUGGCCUGAGGAGAACAUCAAGGCCAUUGUGGUGACGGACGGAGAGCGUAUCCUGGGUCUGGGCGACCUGGGCAGUUACGGCAUGGGCAUCCCAGUGGGUAAACUGGCCCUGUACACGGCCUGCGGAGGAGUGCCACCCCAGCAGUGUCUACCAGUCCUGCUGGACGUAGGCACCGACAACCAGGCACUCCUGGAAGACCCCCUGUACAUCGGCCUGAAGCACAAGAGGAUCAGAGGAAAGGAGUACGAUGACCUCAUCGAUGAGUUUAUGCAGGCAGUUACUGACAAGUAUGGAAUGAACUGCCUGAUCCAGUUUGAGGACUUUGCCAACUCCAACGCCUUCCGCCUCCUCAACAAAUACCGCAACCGUUACUGCACCUUCAACGACGACAUCCAAGGCACAGCCUCAGUAGCAGUAGCUGGGGUCUUGGCUGCUCUGAAGAUCACCAAGAACAAACUGUCAGACCACACCUUUGUGUUCCAGGGGGCUGGGGAGGCUGCACUGGGCAUUGCCCACUUGCUAAUCAUGGCCAUGGCAAAGGAGGGGGUGUCGGCCACGGAAGCCGCAAAGAAGAUCUGGAUGGUCGACUCCAGGGGCCUCAUCGUCAAGGGCAGAGGAAACCUGAACCAUGAGAAGGAGGAGUUUGCCCAUGACCACGCCCACAUCAAGACACUGGAGGAGGUGGUGCAGACCGUCAAGCCCACCGCCCUCAUCGGAGUGGCGGCCAUCGGAGGGGCGUUUACUGAGAAGAUCAUCAAGGACAUGGCGUCCUUCAACGAGAGGCCCAUCAUCUUCGCACUGAGUAACCCCACCAGCAAGGCAGAGUGCACCGCCGAGCAGUGCUACCAACUCACCGAGGGGCGGGGCAUCUUUGCCAGUGGCAGCCCCUUUAAUAAGGUGACCCUGGCUGACGGGCGCUCCUUCAUCCCCGGUCAGGGGAACAACGCCUACGUGUUCCCUGGCGUGGCAUUGGGGGUCAUCGCCUGCGGGGUGCGCCAAAUCUCCGACGACAUCUUCCUCACCACAGCCGAGGCGAUAGCUGACAUGGUAACGGAGGAGCACCUGGCCGAGGGAAGACUCUACCCUCCACUCAACGGCAUCAGAGAAGUGUCCUUUAAGAUCGCUGUCAAGGUGGUUGACUAUGCGUACAGACACAAAAUUGCCUCCCUGUACCCGGAGCCCAAGGACAAGGAGGCAUUUGUGCUCUCCCAUGUCUACAGCCCCGACUAUGACUCCUUCGUCCAGGACACCUACGACUGGCCCAUGGACGCCAUGAAAGUCCAGGACGUGUGAACUCCAUCAGCCACCUCUCUUUCUAUCCCCAAUGUUCGAUCCAUCAGUACAGCACAAGGGAGCUACACAUAUCAGACAUGCGCUGCCGCCUCUCCAGAUUUCGCAUAAUUUCACCAAUCAUCACUCAACAGUCGCGUUCCCCUGCUCAGACGUUGCAUGCAUCAACCAAUGGUUGCAUUCCACGGCAUCGACAGUGCCUUCCAGCACCAGAUUGCUAUAACAUAUGUGGUUAACUCAUACAUAAAAUACCUAUCCAGGCGUUGUAAGAUCUGGCAUGUGUCCUCAACGCCUGGGCAGAGGAAUGCCCCCAAAGCCUUCUGCAGCUAGAACAUCAAGACGACACUCCAUUGCCUCUAGACACUCCCCAGUGCCCAUAGAAUGUAAUACAUAGGAUGCACAUCUGUAGGAGAUUACAAAUGGUUAACCAGCAGAAAUAUAAUUUAAGGGGUAUUUUUCUGAAGGUUCAGUCAUUUAAUUUUAUGUCCCCCUUGACUUUUGUAAUUGCUUUGUUUACCAUAUCGCUAUAUGUGUCCAUAUCAUCAAAUUGCCAGGUUAGUGCCACGACGUUUCAUGUGUAAUUUGAGGGAACCCUAUCUGUUCUAUACAUUCUAUAUUCUAUUUUGAGAUUAUUUAUUUGUGAUUGAUACAGAAUCUGGAGACAGACUGUUCUGUGUCACCAAACCCCUAAUAACACACUCCGUUGAGUAUGUUUGGACUAGCUUUAAUAACUAAUAGGCUAACUUAGGAAGAAAUGGCAUAUUCCCGAAAGGUCUCUGUCAUUGUAGGUUGCAUCUCAAUAGUUUUACCUUGCUUCCUUUGCUUGGAAAAGUGGAUGGGUGAAUCCCAUAUUGCCUUUACCUGUCCAUUGUUUUCAAAUUAGUCUCGAUAAAAGAUGGGAGACAAGCAUAGGAGGAGACCGCCAGUUUUAGACUGUUAAGAUGGACCUCUUGUCCGGACAUAAACGCAAACCCUCAUAGUGCCGGCCUCCGUUUGACCUCUAUCUAUUCUAUCAGAUAUUAUCAAAGAAUAUGUACACGCUGGUUCACACUGCAGUAUCAUUGAUUUUAAAGCACAACUCUAAUAUAUUAUUAACUGACAAUUUAUUACUCCCUGUUGUCACUUCAUACUUUAGGCUACACUCCUGCCAAAGCCUGGGUUACAAGAGGACCAGUUAGAUAACCUAUAUAAUUUAAAAUAGGACACCGUGUUCAUCUUGUAUUUUUAUUCUAGACUUCCCUGUUGAUGCGUGUCAAGAGUUUUAACGAGAUGACUAGCUACAUUUUUAUCCCCGACAUCAUUACCAUUAGGAACUGACUUUUACAUUUGAGUAAUUUAGCAGACACUCUUAUCUCACUUACAACCUGGCGUUGCAAGCGCCGGGCUCUACCAACUGGGCCACAAGGGACUUCAGGUUUGUGCGGUGCCCGACGUUUGUGUACACGAUAGAGGAAGCUUUAAUAAACACUAGUGUACCACUAGCCCAUGCAUAGACGCUAACUACCUUUAGCAUAUAUUCAUGACAGUAACUUCUGGCCGGGGGAGUUUUGUUAAGAGCACCGACGCUUGUUCUGAACGUUAACACAUCGCUUGCGGUAUGAUUUUGGAAACUUAAGGAAAGUAGCUUCCAUAUCGGCAAAAAAAAUGUUUUUCUAAAAACAAAAAGGUUAAAUUACUACACACCUUUUAUAGGGUAGGUGUUCCCACACGGCCAUAUCUCCAUGUUGCAGCGCUUGUUUACAGAAGACCACCUGUGCUUAUUAGCUAUCUAUCGUGCUCGAGCACCUGUGUAAGCAUAACUGGAGAGGAAGUGUAGUUCGUCAACGGUAGGCAUACAGUUGUAUGGAUGUCUGUUCAUCUUUUUUAUUUGGUAAGAUUCUUACUCGCUAAUAUGAAAGAUAGGUUCCAUAUGUUUCCAAAACGGUAUCGCAACGAUGAUGAUUGACAUUUCUAAACAUUAAAACAGAGCGUCGAGUUAUAGUUCACAUGUUCCCACCAAUAAGCAGUGCUUAGCUGAGAAUGCCUUGGGUUCUCGAGAGCAAGAGUAGCGCCUAUAAUAAUUACAUAUGUGAUUGCCUCUUUGGAUAUGCUUAUUUUAAUAAUGGAGGGGUUGCAUCUUUUUUGUGUAGUUUUGUAUAAAGCUUUGCCUGUUUCGGUUUAGGUGUUUUUGCCAAAGGUAAUGACAGACAUGGUAAAUGUUAUAUUUUCUUUCCCCCAGAGAAUAUUAUGCUCUGCUUAGGCGUGAUGCACCACAGAAGGAAUUCUAUUUGGGGUUCAAGGAAAAAUGUAUGUUUUGAAGGGAAUAAAAAAGGCACUAAGUGAA